AUGAGCGAAAUUAAUUCAAUCGUUGACUUGUCAACAGCCGUCUAUUUGAAUGAACAUCGCACAAGGGUUUUACUUGGAACAUACGAUUCUCAGCUUAACUUCCCCGAUCAACACUUUAAUGUAACAGCAAAUGCGAACAGCUUUCUCACACAAAUCAUCAAAUUUAUGUACAGUGGAUAUAUGGGAUAUCCUGGAAAUGAUUUGGAUGGACUCUUCAACUUUGUUUUAAGUCUAAACAUGAGAAAUGUUAUGCGAUCAAGCACAAGAAAGAUGCUUGUUUACUUUACAUCCGCAGGUAUAGGAGAUGAUUCGAGUUUCCAAGAUCUUCUCCCACUCGUCUAUCAUUUGAGAGCUGUCGGUGUCGAGAUUUUCCCAAUCGCUUAUGGAAAAAAAGCAAACAUUGUACAAGCAAAGAAAAUCUCUCCAAGAUGUGCCCGAUGGGUUGAAACUCCCUGGGAUUUAGAUGACACCAUCAAAUAUCUAUUGAGCAAUCUGUGCUCG